AUGGCCUCCGUCUCGGAGCUCGCCUGCAUCUACUCAGCCCUCAUCUUGCACGACGACGAGUAGACGGUCAUGGAGGAUAAGAUCAAUGCCCUCAUUAAAGCAGCGGGUGUGAAUGUUGAGCCUUUCUGGCCGGGUUUGUUUGCAAAGGCCCUCGCCAACGUGAAUAUUGGGAGCCUCAUCUGCAAUGUAGGAGCUGGUGGACCUGUCCCAGCAGCUGGCGCUGUGCCAGCGGGAGGUCCUGCUCCUUCCACCAUUGCUGCCCCAGCUGAGGAGAAAAAAGUGGAAGCAAAGAAAGAAGAAUCUGAGGAGUCUGAUGAUGACAUGAGCUUUGGUCUCUUUGACUAAACUUUUAUAAGCUGUUCAAUAAAAAGCUGAACUCC